UGCUUUUUAAAACUAAGAAACUUUUUUAUGUAUAGUUAAAAUAUCUGUAAAGAAAACCCCGAUUUUCCUAAUAAUUUGUGAACUUGCUUAGAAAACUUUUAUCUCAAAAAAAUAAUAAUUUACUAGGUUAAUUGUUAUCUUCACUGUUGCCCGUCAAGACGGUUGCUUGCUUUUUAAUUCUUGUUUAUCUUUUGGUGAAUUUAAUUUAUCCGAAUAUUUAUUUCUAUUUAUUUGUUCUUUAUCCAAUGUUGAAACUGGAAAUCAAUAUUCAAAAGAAUGGCUGAUACUUUAUGGCAUGAAUGUGCCGAUUGGUUAAUAAAACAGCAAGUUAUAUUACCAGAUCACAGAGUAACUUGGCCAGAGGCUCAAGUUAUUGACUUGGUUUACACUCUACGAGAUGGUGUUCUACUGUGUCAGCUUUUAAACAAACUUGUCCCAGAAUGCAUAGAUUUAAAGGAAAUCAGUUUACGUCCUCAGUUAUCACAAUUUCUCUGCCUAAAAAACAUCAGGACAUUUUUGCAGACGGCACAGAAUUGUUUUAACCUUUCACCCAAUGAUUUAUUUGAACCUGCUAUGCUCUUUGAUUGCACUGAUUUUGGAAAGGUAUUGCAUACACUAUCUGUUUUAUCUAAAACAGACAAGGCCCAGUCAAAAGGAAUUAAAGGUUUUCCUUCUUUUGCAAAGAACCAUGAUUAUUAUAAUGAUGAAAUCUAUCGAAACUUAGAAGAGAUUGCAAACCAAAAUGAAGAAGACAGGAUGGUUGCAUUUGACUUUCCUAUUACAAAUCACCGCAGUAAAGAAGAAGAUAUAUAUGAGGAUCUAUGUUACGUUACACUUAGGAUUUCUGAGGUGUCUUCUCCCCCUGUCCACCCUGUUGAGAAGCGAGAUUAUUGCAUAAAAGAAUUAAUAGAAACUGAAAAGAACUAUAUUGAAGCUUUAAACAUGAUAAUAAAACACUUUAUGAGGCCCCUCAAAAGUAUAUUGUCUGCAGAAGUUCGUGAAAUUAUCUUUAUGAACAUUAAGGAACUAGCUGAAAUUCACACUGGCUUCCAUAGUGAAUUAUACAAAGCAUGCACAUCUAGCCAUUAUAAAAUAAGUGAAUGUUUUCUUCAUUGGAAGGAUAAAUUCAUUGUAUAUGGAGAGUAUUGUUCAAAAUUACCUGCUGCACAAGAACGUAUUGAAGAACUCAGUACCAAAAGUGAAGUUGCCAAUCAAGCUAUUCUGCGUUGUCAGCAUGAAGCCAAUGGUGGGAAAUUUAAAUUGAGAGACCUUCUUUCGGUACCUAUGCAAAGAAUUCUUAAAUAUCAUUUACUAUUAAAAGAACUAAUAAGAAAUACUCCAAAAACUCAUGAUGAUUAUUUUGGAUUGCAAAAAGCUUUAGAUGCUAUGCUAGAUUUGGCACAAUACAUUAAUGAAGUUAAGAGGGAUAAUGAAACGCUACAAAUUAUUCGAGAUAUUCAGGCCAGUAUUACAGAUUUGAGAAUGCCUGAAGAUUUGGAGUUGAAAGACUAUGGAAGGCUUUUGAAGGAUGGAGAAUUGAAAAUCAGAUCACAUGAUGAUAAUAGAUUAAAAAAUAGAUACGUUUUUAUUUUUGAUAAAGUGAUGUUAAUGUGCAAAUCAACAAGGGGAGAGCAGUACAGUUUCAAAGAGGCCUUAGUUCUUCUUGAUUAUAAGGUUGAAGAUGUAAUGAAUACACCUAGAGUAGGCAGCAGGGAUAAGUGGAGUUACUAUUGGCUGCUUGCUCACAGGCAAAAUAGCACUGCUUUAACUAUGUAUGCAAAAACUGAUGAAAUGAAGCAAAAAUGGAUCGAAGCCAUUGAAAAAGCUUUAGAUAAUGUUUGUCCUUCUGCCUUGCGUUCUACAGAUCACAUCUUCCAGAUGCAUUCCUUUGAAAAACCUGCGAGCUGUGCUGAAUGUGAAAAACUUUUAAGGGGAAUAUUUUAUCAGGGUUAUUUGUGUUCUGUGUGUGGUAUUUCUGUUCAUAAAGAAUGCAUUGAAGAAGUUCGAUCAUGCGGAGCACCUAGACUCCCACCUAGACCACCAUCAGUUACUAUUGUACCUGAGGUUUUGAGAAGGAAUUUAUCUUCUGCUACAAACAGACCAUAUAUGUUUAAAGUGCGUGCAAGAUUUGCCUAUAAAGGUCCCCCAGAUCAUCUUUCCUUUGAUAGUGAUGAUGAAAUUUAUGUAACGAAUAAAAUCAACAAUCAUUGUUGGGAAGGAUAUGUUGCUCGUACUGGAAAAAGUGGUUUAUUUCCGCCUGAUCACGUUGAGAAAAGGCCGCCAUCUUACGAAAAUCCAUUCACUGCAAAAAAUGAUGGGACAAAUUGUACUGCCCCGACUCCUGACUACAUUAACACAAUGCUAGAAGGCCAUGAUUGGUUUGCAGGCGUUAUGGAUCGCGAAACAGCUGCUAAAAAACUGGAAGAAUUGCCUAGUGGAACAUUUUUACUACGAAUUAGUCCUAAACAAAGAGGGUCUUACGCUAUUAGCAUAAAUUAUCAGAAUCAAGUUAAGCAUAUGAGGGUUUGUACAGCAGAUAAUGGGCAGCACUUCUAUUUAUCUUCAACCAAAUAUUUUAAAUCUAUUGUUGAAUUGAUCAACUGGUAUCAAGAAAACAGCUUAGCGGAAAGUUUCAAUGGCUUACAUGUAACACUCAUGAUUCCUUAUAAAAAAGCCUUAGUGGGAUUGAACAAUGAAAGCAUUUUAGGUUAUGCCGAAGCUCUGUAUGAUUUUCAUGCGACUUCUCCAAAUAUGUUGUCUCUUCAAAAAGGUGAUCGGAUAGCCGUGCUAAGCAAAGCAGGAAAUCAGAAAGGAUGGUGGAAAGGCCAAAUUGAUGAAAAUGUGGGUUAUUUUCCAUAUUCAUAUGUGAAAGAAAUCUUUGAUUAGUAUUGUGCGUUCUUCUGUGAUAUUAUUUUAGAACUUUGUUACAAAGUGAAUGACUUUUUUUCUGACAAGUGGGCAAGCAUGGCUCUUAUCUUUAAUUGAUUUCUUUUAAAUUUGCAUAUCAUGCAUGAUGAUAUUCUUAAUACUUUGCUAUUUGUUUUUAAGAGUUCUAUAUGUAUCUGUUAUCUGAAGACAAUUUUAAUAUCGUUAAUUUAUAUCAAGUGUGGUGCAUAACAGAUUAUCCUAUAUGUUUUGUAAAUAUAUAUAUAUAUGCUUUUAAUUGCCAAAUGAUGCAUUCAAAGUUUUGUGCGCUAGCGUAAAUUCUGGUGAUAAUGACCAUUGAUAUAUUUUUGACUUUAAUUUAUAACUGUUAUUUCCUGUUAAUGUAUAUUUGAAAAGAGAAUGAUGAUCUGUAGUUUCAUUUUUUUUUUAUAGAAAAAAUUUAUUGUUAAAAAAAAUGUAUAUAUGUAGUUCUAUUAAUUUAUGCAGUUAUAUAUCUUUGAAACUUUAUUUGUGUUGUUUGUUUCAAAAAGAGUUUUGAAUUUUUUUAAAAAAUUUAAUUAACAGGCAUGAGAUUUCAUUUCAUCACUUCCUUUUUAUUCUAAUUUUUUUUUAUCAUUUACCAGAUUUAUUUAUAUUUCUCAGGAUUUUAAAGAAUAAAAAUACUUCCCAAAAGUUAUGUCAUACAUAUUUUGAAAUUUAAUUAAAACUAAAAAAUAUUCAGCUUAAAAUCCAUGAAUUGAAAAAGAUUUGAGAUCAGAUGAAAAAAAUUUGCUGUUUUAGUUUUGCUUUUUAGUGGUUCAUUUAUUAAUUUAAUUAAUUGUUAUAAAGUUAUGCGUUUACUCAAUCAGACUGGGGUUUCUAUGGUCUUUAUUGCUAUAUAGUUCUUUCAUAUUAAUAAUACUAGUUUCAUUAAGUUGUAGUAUGAUCUUAUUUGUUUGAAACUCUAUGUUUGUUACUAAUAUUCCAUUAUUCCAAUAUUUUUAAAAUGCUAUUUUUUUUAACUUGUUGAUCUAAUUGCCAUAUGAUAUGUCAAUACUUUUAACUUACAGUAAAUUAUUAUUAUUGAGUUUGAUAUUUUCUCCCUUAUGUAGCAGCAUUUAAAUUUGAUUAUCAUUAGUUAAUAAAAUUAUUGUUCACAAAAUAAUCUUAAUGGAUUUUUGUAAUCAUGAAUCAUAUUUAAACUUAAAAGUUUAAUUAAUUUAUGAACCCAAAAUGGUCUUCUGAUUGAUUUUCAAAUGCAUUUUUUCAAUAUUUUUAUUUCACAAGUUUCUUUUUUUGCUAUCUCAUGCCUGUAAAAUAAGAAUAUAUGAGAUGUAUGUUAUGAUUUUUACAUGUAUUGUGCAAUUUUUUUAUUAUAUCAAUCAUUUUGUACUUUUUGACUCAAUUUUUUAAUUUUGUGUUUUUGUGUGUCUUGUAAUAUAAAGUGUCAUUAAUAUGAAUGAAACAUAUAUCCUUGUUUCAUACAGAGUAUAGUUGCCAUAACAACAUGGAGAUGAUGUCUUGCCAAAACUUUUAUACAUACUAUGAAGGCUUCUUCUGCUUUUUUUAGUAUACUGGCAUCAUCUAUUGUCAAAUGAAGCUUAUUUUCUAAGAAUUUACAGUUAUAUUGGAGACUUUUUAUUGCAUAACUGUUUCCAAAAAUAAUACUAUCUUAUGAAAUUGAUAUAUUUCUUUUUGAAAGAUAAUGUGUGCAAUUAAUAUCUUUUUACUUAAAUUUGUUAGGAAAUAAUAGAUAGAGUAAAUAAAACUGUCUUAUCAUUGAUUCAUAGCCAUAGAGCUAUAAUUUUAAUAUCUUAUUGAUAAUACCUACCGGGUAACAUUUAUUGAGCAAUGUGAAAUGGAAAAGAAAUUUUUUUGAAAGCUAUUAAAAUAUAAAAUUUUAAAAAUAUGUCAUGUUUGAUAUGCUUGCCAAUAGAAUAAUAGCCUAAUACAAAACUCAAUGAAGUGUUAAGAUAUCAAUGCUUUCGAAGAGGAUUGAUAUAUAUAAUUCUGAUGCAGCAGGUGAGAGGUAAGCACAGUUCUUUUACCUCAGAAAAGAUGCACAAAUGGUAUUGAAGCAAAAGCAACAAGCAAUGUACAAACAAGUAAAAAUUAACAAUUAAAGAAAAACAGAAGGGAAAAAGUUCUAAAAUUGGAUGCAAGUUCUCUAGCCUCCCAUUAAAAGGAGUCGAUGGAUUCUUCUUUCAGGGCUGGGCAGAGAGGGAGGUCGUCAGCAGUCAUCACCUGGCCACCAAAACAUAGGGGAAGUAAAAUUGUUGGUGACCUUAAGUUCUUAAAAAUGAGCAAUAGAAGCAAAAAGCAGCAACUGCUCGUUGGAAUAGUUCAAGAGAUUACGAAUAGUUCUACUCGAGCUACUCCCCAGUCUUUGCUUUAUCUCGGAUGCACGCAAAUCUCGUGACCAAAUUGAUUUGUGACGCCGCAGAUUCAUAGUAAACUUCUUGAAAAGGUGUUUGGAUGGUAGACCGUUUUUUGGAUCCUCAAUCUAAUUUUGAGGGAUACCACAGUGGGAUGGGAUACUCUGCAAGACAACUGUUUUGUUUCUGAGGAGGCUUCGAAGGUGGAUCCUGCAUUGUUGUACAAGAGCAGUAAUAGGAGUUAUGCAGCAGCUAGUAAUAGGCAGGAUCACUGUUUGAGAAUCAGAUAAUGCAAGAGCCUACUAGUAUGGCUCAGAAAUAUUGUAUUUUGACAUUUUCAAUGAACAAUAAUGCUAAAAAAUAAAUUAAUUAAUUAAAAUUAAAAGCAUGCCCUUCAUUUAAGCACCAAAUUUUAACUGAAUCUAACCCCCAGUAUUAUAUCAUCAAAAAAAUUUUAUUUUCAUAUAGCUCAAAAAUUGUCAUCCCAUAAAAAUAUUUUUUUGUCAUCUGAUGUAAUUAGUUAAAAGUAAUGUAUAAUAUUUGUCUACAUAGUUUAUGAUUGCUUAGGAUUUUCUAUCUAUCCAUCUUUGCAGCAGAAGACUAAUGUUUUAUUUACUUAUUUCAUAUUUAUCUUGUCCAGAAAUAUAGAUAUGAGAAAAUAGUAACUAAGAAAUAUUAAGUUUAGAGAUGCUUUAAAAUGGUUUAGACAUACUUUAAAAUGGUUUAGACAUACUUAGACUAUCUUCUUACUUUUAUAUCAAGUAAAAUCUUUCUUUAGAAAAAAAUUCAUUGUGUGCUAAAAAAAGUGAGUUAUAGGUGCUUGACUGUAUCUAAGCAAUAAAUAUUGCGUCAGUAUUAAGUCACUUUUAAGGUGGUAAUAUCCCACAGUCAUGAGAAUAUUUUUAGAUAAUUGAUUACUCAUUUUUCUCUUUUGAUAUUCAAAUGAUCUCACAUUUUAAAUGACGCAUACUUUUCUAAUACAAUAUUUAUAAGGAAAUUUUUUUUUAAUAGGAUUAGAGUGUGUGUGUAGUUGUGAUGGUUAUUUGAAUGUUUAAAACAUUUUUAUGAAUUGUAUCUUUCAUUGAACAAAAAACUUAUUAUUUAUGUUUAUAGUAUGGGUGCACAACCUUUUUCCAAAAUAAAUCUGGAAGAAUAAUUCAUUUUUAGCUUUCAGGAUUUACAAUUGAUUCAUUUGUAUACCAAUUUUUAAUAGCGUAAUUA